AUGAAGUCCAUUCUUAAAAUAUCUCUUCAAAAUGAACAAGAAGUGUUUCUGCUUUCUGAAUAUGUGCCUGAAAACAAAUUAUCGGUGAAAAUUUUAAGCGUAGGACAAAACGAAGCUUGGCACGGGGAGAUUAGUGAUCUGGAUUUAAGGUCCCAAGCGGCGCAUAUUCGUCUUACUUUCAGUAAAUUCCUCACGAAAGCAAAAAACGCCUUCUUUUAUUCAAACCAAAGCGAUGUGAAAUACAUCUAUAAUCUAGAAAAACGAAAUUCUAAGCAUGCUUUUGAGUGGAAAAGUAUUGAUUGUGAGGAAACUAUCAUCAAAUUAGGUUAUGUGCUUGUAGAGAAAACCGAUUUCAAGACUAUAUGUUCCGAGGUUUUAACUUGCGUCUCUCAAGAAUUACUAACAGCAAAUAAUAUUCAUAACGAACUUAAAGCUACGUUAGAAAAGAGUGAAAGCAAGCGAUCAGAACUAGUGGAACUGCUUUCUAAUGCUACAGAGGCCAAGUCAAGUGUUGAAAAAGAAUUAUAUUCUAAAUUUGUUGUUUUACUCAACGCCAAGAAGCGAAAAAUUCGCGAGUUAACGUCUAAUAUCAGUGAUGAUUCCAAUGAUUCUGGGAAGCUACAAGUGAAAAAGAAAGCAAAAACUAAUCAGUGUCCAAUCAUGUUUAGUGAUUCUUCUAAUGAGGCAGAUAACGUGGAUGAUCCAAUGCCCUCAAGUUCUAAGAGCUUCUUGUUUGAUGACAAUUCACCAACUCUUAUAAUAACUCCUAGUAAAAUGCGUGAUCGAAAAACUGUUGUAUCAGAAAAAGCAACUAAAAGAAUUGAAUUCAAGGCUGCAACUACUAACCACGUGCCGCAGACUACUGAAUACGAAAGCGAUGAUGAUCUCUUCGAACAUUUUUAA